CCCACACCGCGCGGCAUGCUGGGAGCGGAAGUGCGGCUGCCGCGAGGAGCGCGCGGGCGGCAUGGCGGCUGCCGGGAGGAGGAAGCUGGAGGAGCUGAGCGUCGACGAGUUCCUCGCUAAUGGCUUUGAGUCGGAGCCCGACGGCGGUUCGGAGGAGGAGGAGGCCCGGCCCAAGGCGGGGGGGAGGCGGCCCCGGCCCAAGGCGACCGUGCGAAAGAAAGGAAAGGCAUCUGAGCAUAAAGACCAGCUUGCCCGACUGAAGGAAAAAGAUCCUGAAUUUUACAAGUUCUUGGAAGAAAAUGACCGCACGCUGCUGAACUUUGAUGCUUCAGACAGUUCUGAGGAAGAGGAGGACGGAGGCUUGCACAUCCCACCUGACACAUUAGAGGAAGCGAGUGAUGAAGGUGAAGAUGAUGAAGAAGAUGAAGAAGAACAGGAGAAAGUCAAACAGAAGAAAGUUGAAUCCAUCCCUGUGAGCCUGAAGAUGGUUGAGGAAUGGAAGAAAGCUGCAGAGAGAGGGCUAACACCAAGACUUUUCCAUGAAAUCACUCAAGCAUUCAAAGCAGCUGUAGCAACUACCAAAGGAGAUAAUGGUGGUGCUGAUCCCAGCAAGUUUCAAGUCCUUGAUGCUGCAGUGUUCAAUGCCCUUGUGUCCUUCUGUGUCCGGGACCUCUUCAGCUGCCUGCAAAAGCUGCUGCUUGUGAAAACCCCUAAGAACAAACAAAAAAUGGCCCUCCCUUCCAGCAGUCCACUUUGGAGCAAAUUGCGACUGGAUGUAAGAAUGUACCUGUCUUGUACCAUCCAGCUCCUGUCUUGUUUAACAGAAGCCUCUGUUGGAGCAGCAGUUCUCCAGCAUGUCAAUUCCAUACUGCCUUAUUAUCUGUCCUUCCCAAAGCAGUGCCGAAUACUUCUCAAGCAAGCAAUCCAUUUGUGGAGCACGGGUGAAGAAACAGUAAGAGUGCUGUCCUUUCUUGUGCUGAACAAGAUCUGCCGCCACAGGAAAGAGGUGUACCUAAGUCACUUGCUCAAGCAAAUGUACAUUGCAUUUGUGAAGAAUUCAAGGUUUACCUCUCCCAAUGUGUUGCCCAUGAUCAAUUUCAUGCAGCGAACGCUGACAGAGAUGUAUGCCCUGGACACACACACCUCCUACCAGCAUGCCUUCAUCUAUAUCCGCCAGCUUGCCAUUCAUCUACGCAGUGCAAUGACCAUAAAGAAGAAGGAGAACUUCCAGUCUGUCUAUAACUGGCAGUAUGUGCACUGCCUGUAUUUCUGGUGUCGAGUUCUCAGCACGAUCUAUCCCAGCGAGGUCAUGGAGCCAUUGAUCUAUCCUCUGACACAAGUCAUCAUAGGCUGUAUCAAGCUGGUGCCCACAGCUCGUUUCUACCCUCUGCGCAUCCACUGCAUCCGUGCCCUCACACUGCUGUCAGAGAACACCAGGACCUUCAUCCCAGUGUUGCCAUUCAUCCUGGAGAUUUUCCAACAAGUGGACUUCAACAAGAGGCCGGGACGUAUGAGUGCUAAACCUAUAAACUUUGCAGUGAUCUUGAAGCUUUCAAAUGCCAACCUGCAGGAGAAAGCCUUUCGAGAUGGACUCAUUGACCAGCUCUAUGACCUGAUUCUUGAGUAUCUUCAUUGUCAAGCCCACAGCAUUGGAUUCCCAGAGCUGGUCCUCCCUACUGUCAUUCAGCUCAAAUCUUUCCUGAAGGAAUGCAAGAUUGCCAACUACUGCAAGUCUAUCCGGCAGCUCCUGGAGAAACUGCAGGAAAAUUCUGCCUACAUCGCCAGCAGGCGUCAGAAAGCUACCUUCGGUGUGGCCAGCAGGGAGUCUGUGGAACAAUGGGAGAAGCAGGUCAAAGAGGAGGGGACACCUCUGACCAAGUACUAUGCUCAGUGGAAGAAGCUAAGAGAGAAGGAGAUACAACUGGAAAUCACUGGCAAAGAAAGACUUGAAGACCUGAACUUCCCAGAAAUUAAACGCAAGAAACUAGAUGAAAGGAAGGAAGAAGAUAAGAAGGAAUUCAAGGACCUGUUUGAGCUGGACACAGACUCUGAUGAGGAGAACGUUGGAUUCCCCAUAAAAGGGAAAGCCAAAGGCAAAGUGGCAUCAGACGACAGUUCAGAAGCCAGCAGCAAGGAGGACUAUGGCGAGGAUGAUGAGGAUGAAGAGGGAGAGUAUGAAGUCGAGGAGGACGAGGAAGAUUUAGAGGAAGACAGUGACUCAGAUGAGGAAGACAAGGCAGCCCCUAGGGGCUCACAGCGGGCACAGAGGAGCAACCCCCAGGCAUUGUCACGUUCUGACCUCGAGCAGCUGGCCCAGGGCGAGGAGGAUGUGGUGGAAGAUUUGGCUUUCUCCGAUGAUGACUGAGCCCUCCCCGACCAUGCAGCCCCCCUGGCUGGUUCUCCAGGAGGCGGUAAGCUCUUGGGGCAGGAGGUGUGGGCCCAGCCCCAGGUGCUGCCCCCAAGGACUGUUGCGGUGAAGCACGGCACUAAAGCUGCCUGGACUUUGCAGGUUUUUAGACCCAUGGUUUUUGGUAAUGUUCUGUGGUCACAUCAAAGCCAGUAAAACUGGUGUAAGUAAUAAAAAGCCCACAUUAAAAUCUGGUUUAAAUAAUACAUGGGUCAGUUUCAGCUCCUGCUGGAGCAGCUGACCAAGUGGGAAGGACAAGCUCUUUGCAUGAGGACCUCCUGUUUGCCCAUCCAACCACCUGUGGGCCCUGGGGUUCUCUCCAGACCCUCCCCCCAAGGGCUCUCAGGGGUUGUGUAGAGCAUUUAGAGCUUUAUCACUGCAAGUGGGAGCCUUUUAUCAGCAACACUGGGAUCAUCAGAUCCAUCUGCCAUGCUGGCCGUAUGUAUGCUAAAGAAAUUCACCUUAAGGAACAAAUGUUGAGCUAUGAAAGGAUGCAAAGGGAAGGGGUGAAAGUAGGAUGGAGUAGGAAAAGGUAAAGCUAAUAGUGUAAGGAAAUACAUAAGUGUCCUAUAGCCCCAUGCUAAGUGAUAACUCAGUGCCUGCAGAUGUGACUGAGCCCUGCCUUCCUACACACUGCUGCUCCCAAACAUUACUGCACAGGUAAACAGGCAGUUGUUGCAGUAAUACAGCAGUGUGGGCUGUUUGCUUUAUUCUGAGCUCACAGUGUCUUUUUGGAGGGGCAUAAACAGGAACAGAAAGGGUGUAUUUUUUUCCAACUGCACUGACAAUAAUUAUCAGCCCCAGAGUCCCAGAAGGGGGGGGAGGAAGUUUCCUCCGAAAUUAAUAAUUUAUUGUUAUAUUUACAGCUCCCCCUGUGGGGGCAGAGCACCUGCUGCUUUAUUGGGGCUUCAGAGCUCAGGGCUGAGGCUCUGUACCUCUGAUGGCAGGGACAUACAGGAGCUUGGGAUGGAAACUUUGGGGCCCUGCCUGCAAAACAAACAUGUUCACUUACCUUCACUUCAUGUAAGGUAGCUGGGCACGGUGCUUAUUGCCCCCACUUCCCAGUGGCAGCAGCACAGCACACAGCAAGGAAAGCAUACAGCCAUGCCAGGGGCUCAGGAGGCCAGGUACUGUUUGUAAACUGAGUGGUGUCCUUUUUUAUUUAAACUGAUUGCUGGAAAGCAUCUUUUUAUUGUGAUGUGAUGGAUAAUGACAAGGGGGGAGGGGCUGGGUUUUGUUGUUUUUGUUUUUUUUUUUGCUUGUUUCUCUUUUUUUUUUUUACAAUAUAAAGAAGCUAAUGUACCACCAAGCUAUUGGGUAAGAAAAAAAAAAAAAAUGGCAGCACGUGCAACGUUUCAACAAAACAAAAAGAGGGGAGAGAGAGAGAGAGAGAAGAAAGUACCACAUGUGAUUGUUUGUGAUUGUUGCUCACAACUGUACAGGUCACAGGAGGUUGCCCCCAGGAGUUACCAUUGCAUUCACAGUAGUCAAAACUCUGCCUGCUGUUUUUACCCCCCAGCACAGCAUCCUCCCCCUCCUCUGCUGGGGGCACACAGGGACCUCUGUCUCAUGGUCUGCAGCAGGCCUGAAUGUGCAACGACAGCCACCUCUGUAACAAGGCUUGAAAAAGAACAGGAAUCCUACAAACAAACCAACAACCAAAAAAACCCCAAAGGUAUAUAAAUGAGUCCGCAGUACACGUGACCAGAGUGGGGGGGGGGUUAAUCCUGAACUCCCCCAAUGAGCACACACUCAUUUCUUCUUAAAACUCAAGCAAAUCCAGCUCUGCAGGGCUGGGCAGAGUCCAGCAGUGUGUGCAUAGGCAGCCCCACACUGUCUGUGCCGUACCAUCCACACCAGAGUAAACAUGGACCAGAACUUGCCUUUUUUUUUUCUUUUUUUUUUUUUUUCCUUUUUUUUCUCUUUUUUUUUUUUUUGUAACUUGUUGUCUUGUCUUUGGUAUUGUUUGCAAAAGUUCACUUAGAGAUGCAUAGACACCUGAAUGGAGGAACUGAGCGCAGUUUCCAGGGAGAGGAGGAGAUCCGUGGGAAGGGGGGGAGGUUCUGUUUGUGAUGGAUGUUGUGCUCAGCAGUGCUGAGUCCUGAUGGAGGAGCAGUGCCAGUCCCCCCCCAGUGCCUGGAGCUCCUCGAAGGCAAAAAGCAUUCCCAACAAUCACAGCUCUGCUUUCCCAGUGCGUGAGAAGGCGAAGGGAAUGGUACCACAGCCCUCCAGCACUGCCUCCCUUCUCUUCAUCACUUGGCCUUGUCUCAAUACAUCUUUGGAUAGUUUAUUCCUUCCCUUUUGACAGUUUUUUUUUUUACUGUUUGUGUGGUUUUUUUUUUUUCUUUUUAAGCAAAAAAAAAAAA